AUGUUGAAAGUUUCCGGGGAAACACGAAGGGUAGGAGUAGUAUGGGUAGUUGCAUUGGUAGAGGAGGUACCUAAUGUGACACUAGCAAGGGUUGAAUUCAGAGGAUUAAGAGGAACUAAAGUGGGAGAGGGUGAAGAGGUUGGUGAUUUAGAGGUUACCGGGGGUUUGGGUGGAAAUGCCAAUGUAGAUGAGGAUUUUGGCGAGUUGGCGCUGAGAGAGAGGCAAAGUGGAGGGCCAUGGAGGGACGAUGGAGCUGCUGCAUGUGAAACAUUAACGAUGCUUACCCCAACCAUAAGCAAAGACGGAGAGAAAAAGAAACAGAGAUUUAUGGUUUUGCUUGUGCUUCUUCAGUUGCUUUGGCUAUGGCCAAUGGCAACAGCAUCAACGGCAAGGACCGGUUGCCAGGAAAAAUGUGGAAACAUCACCGUUCCCUACCCCUUCGGCAUCGGCGAUGCAAAUUGUUACAGAAAAUUGUACGAUGUAACCUGCAACCACUCUUUCAUCCCUCCCAAGCUCUUCUUGGGCAAAGGUAAAGUGGAAGUUUUAAAUAUAUCAUCAGAAGGCCAACUGCGAAUCAACAGUACCAUAGGCUUCACUUGCUACGAUAGAUCGGGAGAUAAGAUUAGUGAGCACUUGUCCUGGAUCGAUUUGAAAGCUAAGCCAUAUACAUUUUCAGACACCUACAACAGAUUCACGGCUCUGGGGUGCGACACAAUUGCCACCAUAACAGGCUCCAAGGGUUGCGAUUUCAAGACUGGAUGCUCUAUGCUCUGCAACAGCAUUGACAACGUCAUUAAUGGGUCUUGUUCAGGCAUUGGUUGUUGCCAAACCUCCAUCCCCAAGGGAUUCAAGAAAUUCGACUUGGAGUUAGGGAGCAAUAACAACCACACUGAUGUUGUUGAUUUCAAUUGGUGUAGUUACGGUUUCCUUGUUGACCAUGAGUGGUAUAACUUCUCGGGGGCCGAUCUCUCUCUCUUUUCCACCAGACACGACACACAAGUUCCACUCGUGUUGAACUGGGCAAUAGAGGGUUUUGGGUGCGGAAAUGCUUCGACGAGUGACCUAAAUUACGCAUGCGGCAAUAACAGUGAAUGCAUCAACUCUCCCAACGGGCUUGGAUAUCUAUGCAGGUGCUCUCCAGGUUACCAAGGAAACCCUUAUCUGAAAGACGGCUGUCAAGGCACAGGCUUAGGCAUUUUGUUCCUACUUAUUGGGAGCGCUUGGUUAUACUGGGGAUACCAAAAGAGAAAGAUAAUCAAUCUCAGAGAGAAAUUUUUCAAGCAAAAUGGAGGUCUUCUACUGAAGCAACAACUCUCUUCACAUGAUACAACUGUAGAAGUUGCAAAAAUCUUUACUGCAGAUGAGCUUGAAAAGGCAACUGACAACUAUGAUGAGAGUCGAAUCCUUGGUCGUGGUGGCUAUGGUAUAGUGUACAAAGGAAUUUUAUCUGACAACAGGAUGGUCGCCAUUAAGAAGUCCAGAAUAGUUGAUGAAGGACAGUUUGAACAAUUUAUUAACGAGGUGGUUAUUCUCUCUCAAAUCCAUCAUAAGAAUGUUGUGAAGCUCUUGGGUUGUUGCUUAGAGACUGAAGUUCCACUAUUAGUAUGUGAGUUUGUUUCUAAUGGAACCUUAUUCCACCAUAUUCAUGAUGAGGGACACAAAUCUUCAAUUUCGUGGGAAAAUCGUCUAAGGAUAGCCACAGAAACAGCAGUAGCACUUGACUAUUUACACUCUGCAGCCUCUCCUCCAAUCAUUCAUAGAGAUAUUAAAUCCUCUAAUAUACUCUUGGAUGAAAAUUAUAUGGCAAAAGUGUCAGACUUUGGGGCUUCAAGAUUGGUUCCAUUAGACCAAACUCAGUUUACUACAUUAGUUCAAGGGACAUUGGGUUACUUGGAUCCAGAGUAUUUUCAUACAAGUCAAUUAACAGAAGAAAGUGAUGUUUAUAGUUUUGGCAUAAUUCUGGUAGAACUAUUGACUGGAAGAAAAGCACUUGAAUUUGAAAGACCUGAAAAGGAGAGAAACUUGGCUACCCAUUUUGUAACCUCAAUGAAAGAAGACAAUGUUUCAGAAAUUUUGGAAGGCAGAGUUCUAAAUGAAUGCAGCAAGAAUCAACUCCAAGAAGUCGCUCAGCUUGCUAAGAGAUGCUUAAGUGUGAAGGGAGAGGAAAGACCAACGAUGAAAGAAGUAGCUAUGGAGUUAGUGGGGUUAAAGACGUCGAACAAACACCCAUGGGUAGAACAAAAUCUUGAAGAAACAGAAUACUUGCUUGGUGAGACAUCGGUUUCUAAUAAUGGCAAUAAUAUUGUCUAUGAUAGUUUAAAGAAUCAAGUUGUGAUACCUUUGGAUAGUGGGCGUUGA